AUUCAUUCUUUUAUUUCUCUUCCAAAAAAUUUUGAUUUAUUGGAUAGAAAUAUGUUACUCUAUUCCAAUUUUGCCCCCACAAACACCAUAUUCAAUCAACGAAAGCUUCAUAUUUCUGUCCAAAAAAUCAGCCUCAGCUAUUCUUCAGGCACCCAACGCAUCAAAAUCAGAAGAAUCAUCGUCACAUCCCAAAUCGCAGCUAUGCAGCAGAAAAUAACAUUACUGAACAAGCAUGGUGAAAAGCUUGUUGGUGUGUUGCAUGAGACAGGAUCACCAAAACUUGUAGUUCUUUGCCAUGGUUUCAAAUCCACAAAGGUUCUUCUAACCUCAUAUUGUUUGUUGGUGUUCAUCCUGUCUCUAUCUUGGCCAUUUUUUCUAAAUUCUACAGGUAACUUAGUGUGGAAGCUAGUUUGCCGGUUAAUGCAUUUUUUUUUUUCUAAUCCUAUCAUGAAAACCUCAAUAUGUAGGAGUACAUGAUGAUGGUCAACCACGCUACUGCUUUAGAAAAUGAAGGAAUCAGCGCAUUUCGCUUUGAUUUCUCUGGAAAUGGGCGGAGGUGUGGUUCUUCUGUAUGCAUCUAAAUAUCACGAUAUACCAGCCGUGGUGAAUAUCUCUGGCCGUUAUAAUCUCAAGCGAGGACUUGAAGAACGAUUUGGAAAAAAUUUCAUGGAUAGACUCAAUAAGGAUGGAUACAUUGAUAUUAAGACUAAAUCAGGAGAAGUUGAUUAUCGAGUCACGUUAGAGAGUAUGAUGGAGAGACUCAAUACAGACAUGCACGAAUCGGCCCUUACAAUUGAUAAGAAAUGCCGGGUGUUGAUAGUUCACGGAUCAGCAGACGAAAUAAUCCCAGUAGAAGAUGGAAUCGAGUUUGGCAAGAUUAUACCAAACAACUGUUUGCGAAUCAUACAAGGAGCUGAUCACUGCUUUACUUCGCAUCAAGAUGAGCUUAUUGGGGUCGUUUUACCUUUCGUUAAGGUAUGCGUGCAGCAGCUUGAAAAUAACCCGAAUGAGUAA